AUGUCCAGUCAGCCAACACAGCCCUCUCCUGGUAAAGACAACACCGUUCAAACCGAGUGUCUGGCUGACCCUGUCCACAUACCAUCAAGCCAAUGGCGACUGGCAAUUAUCACCGUGUCAUUGUGCUGUGGAACCUUCCUUGUUGCCCUUGACACUACGAUUCUCAGUGUCGCCGUGCCCAGUAUUUCCACAAGCUUCCAGGCUUUUGGCGAUGUUGGUUGGUAUGGGUCCGCCUAUCUUCUCACACUGUUCAACGCUAAAACGACAUACCUGGUUGCCGCGGUGCUUCUCGAAGUGGGAUCGGUGAUAUGCGCUGCCGGCCCCAGUUCCGCGGCCUUCAUCUGCGGUCGAGCGAUCACCGGGGUUGGUGCUGCUGGAUUAUACCAAGGCGCACUCAGUAUUUUCGGGCUCACUGUUUCAUUGGAACAACGACCGAUGUACCUGGCGAUAGUGCUCAGUGUCUUUGGGAUUACCGCAUGUCUGGGGCCACCACUCGGCGGAAUUCUCACACAACAUGCCACCUGGCGUUGGUGUUUCUGGAUCAACCUUCCCAUUGGGGCAGUAGCAUUUGUCCUUAUCGUAUGCUUUCUGAAGCUUCAGCCCCCGCGCGCCAGGAUGACACAGCCCAUUCUCAUGCGCAUCCGGACUUUGGAUAUUCCCGGCAUUGUCUUGAUCAUCGGCUCGGUGUGUUGCUUGAUUCUGGCAAUGCAGGUUAUCGGUCUCUUUAUUGGUGCUGCACUGCUCUUGGGUGCGUUUUUCCUCUCCCAGUGGUACCAAGGGGAGCGUAGUACGAUCCCUCUUCGCGUUGCCCGUCAGCGCUCGGUCCUGAUGGGGGUUUGCUUUUCGUUCUUCUUGGAGAUCAGUGUUUACGUGACACUUUAUUACAUUCCAUUCUACUUCCAGUCCGCACAACUAGUCUCGCCAACUGUCAGUGGUGUCCGCGGGAUCCCACUAGGUGUUUCACAGAUCGUGGCCGUUGUUCUCACUGGAGCAGUGGUCUCCAUGACAGGACAUUACGUUCCGUUCAUGGUCCUGGGUCAGAUUGUUUCUAUUGUUGGAACGGUUUGCCUGACCAGGCUCGAGGUCGGCACACCAACCGCGCAGUGGGCGACGUUCCUCGUGAUUGCCGGCGUGGGACAUGGCAUGGGUCUGCAGAUGCCAUUUACAGCUACUCAAGUUGUUCUGAGCGAAGAUGAUCUUUCUAUUGGCAAUGCAAUAACAUUAUUCUUCUCCCAGCUUGGCGCGGCUGUGGCUAUCGCCCCGGGGGAAAACAUCUUUCACACCAGCAUCGCCCACCAUGUCCAAGCAUCCCAUCUCUCCGUCUCCGCCGCGACGGUCAUCGCCGCCGGGCCAACCAAGUUACAGUCCCUCACCACAGACGCGACAACCCUCCACAAACUACAGGAUGCGUAUGCCUACGGAACCAGAAUGAUCAUGUACUUUUCUCUGGCGGCGUCCUGUGCCGCAGUACCAUUUGCUUUGGGCAUGGAGUGGCGCAAUGUGAAGAAGGAGGCAGAGAAGAGGAGCGCGAAGAAAGCAGCGGAGGAGGCAAUCAUCGAUAAAGAAGAACCCGCAAAGAAGUGA